AUGACUACCUUCAGAAAAGUUCUGGCACUCGCUUUGAUUUUGGCAAUUUGCCUCCUUGUUUUAUCAGAUGCAUCACCCCUCGGCGAUUUUGAAGUACCCGACGCCACCGAUUCCUCAGACAUUUGUCCUUGCAAGGCUCUUCCUCCCAGUAAAUUCUGUUGUGAUCCCACAAAAGAUUGGUUUAAACCGAAGGCUGUGUGGUGGUGUCACCCAUGGGAUCUGAAUAUUGUUAGGGAGACAACAAUCCGUAUUAAAUAUUCGAAAGCUGAAAAGAUUUGGCCUGCCAUAUAA